CGCGGCCUGGGAGCCGAGCCGGGCAGGCGGGGAAGCUGGGACCGGACGGGGCGGGAGCGGCCGGGUCUCGGGUGUAUGCGGCCGCCGGACGCGCCGGGGCCGGCAGCGGGGAAGCGGGGCGCUGACGGCUGACGGGGGGCUUGCCCCUCCGCCCCCAGAGCAGCAUGGAUGCCCCACGGAGGGACAUGGAGUUGCUGAGCAACAGCCUGGCGGCCUACGCGCACAUCCGCGCUAACCCCGAGAGCUUUGGCCUCUACUUCGUGCUGGGAGUCUGCUUUGGCCUGCUGCUAACGCUGUGCCUACUAGUCAUCAGUAUCUCCUGCGCUCCUCGCCCGCGGCCCCGGGCCCCUGCUCCGCGCCGGGACCCCCGCAGCAGCACCCUCGAACCCGAGGACGACGAGGACGAGGAGGAGGACACGGUGACGCGGCUGGGCCCCGACGACACGCUGCAGGGCCCAGAGCUGACGGCUGAGCCAGACGGGCCGCUGAGCGUAAACGUCUUCACGUCGGCAGAGGAGCUGGAGCGGGCGCAGCGCUUGGAGGAGCGGGAACGGAUCCUAAGGGAGAUUUGGCGCACUGGGCAGCCGGACCUGCUGGGCACUGGCACGCUGGGGCCCAGCCCCACGGCCACAGGCACUCUGGGUCGCAUGCACUAUUACUGACCGGCCCCAUUCCCGUUGCAAGGAGCUCUGCGUACUGGACAUGCGCAGGAACUCACAGCUGCCCCAGGACAUUGGGACUGCCCCUGCCCACGGUGCUAGGGAGGCCCCGCCCACACGGCUCCCCCAGUGCCAUUGGACCUGGAUCCCUACCUUCUGAGAUCCCCAGUCCUGCCAGAAAGCCCGCGGGGGAGGACAGGGCACAGGGUCCCCAGCCCUUCUCCUGCGAUCGGUUAAGAGAUAAGUGACCAAUGAAAUCGGCAUUCUCAGUGA